AGCAACUAACAUUUAAAGAUCUUUCCAAGAGAUUUCAGGACGAAAUAUCAAAAUUUCUCGAAUUCAUGUUCAAUGUAGAACCAAAACAGCUUGUGGUUAGCAAACCUGUUACAGGCUCAAUGUUGGCUGUUUUGACCAAUCAGUAUGUUGAUGCUUUGCGAAAUGGCGCUGUGCCAGAUGUGGAAAAUGCAUUCGAAGCGGUUGCAACAAUGGAAAAUGCAAAAGUACGAAAGGAGGCAUUAGAACAGUUUCAUAAGGAUUUAGUCGACCAGAUAAUGCCGGUUCCCUACAAACAACUUGACGACCAUUUUCAAAGAGUACAAUGGACUGCACUUGAGUACAUUCGAAACAAUGUCGUGAAAGACACAAAACAUUCUGUUGAAAAGCAUGUUCAGUCCGACAUGGAAAUGUCAUGGUUACAAAGGAAGUCUGUAAAUGAGCAACAUGUCAUCGAAUUAUGUGAGAAAAGUUUGGAAGCGUUACCAUCAACGAGUAAUCUGGUCGAAAGUAUUCAGGCAAAAUCAUAUGCAGUUGUCGGGGGCCAUAAACAAUUCAAACUUGAUUCGGAACUAGUCGGAAAGCAGUACCAUUCAAUGCUGAAAGAUAAAGGAUAUACGGACAGAGAGAUGGCAAUAACCUGGAGUACAUUUAUUCAGACUCUUGCAGAGGCUGAGAUGGAAAUCAUUCAGUUAGACAAUUCAUUGUCAGAAGAAGAGAAGAAAAAGGAAAGAGAGGAAAACAAGCAAGAAAUACAGCGAAUGGUACACGAAAUGGAAGAACAAAACAAACAGUUACUCGAAGAACAGCGGAAAACUUACACAGCCCAGCAAAAGAAGAUUGAGGACGAACGAGACAAGCAAGACCGGCAACACCAAGAGAAAAUGACUAACCUCAUACAAAAGAUAGCAGAUCUUGAGACAGACAAGGAUGAACGUCAGUUCCUACAACAAAGAAUUCUACUUCUGGAAGAAGAAGACAAAAACAAAAGAAAAGAGGAAAGGCAAUGGCGAAUUAACGAGCAGCGAAGACGAGAUGAGAUAGAACGGAAAAGAGAGGAACAUUGGCAACAAUCGCAAAAAGAUGAAAAGAAACGACAUGAGACAGCUACAAAACAAAUGCUGGAUUUAAUGGAGAGGAUACAAAAGACAAACGAAGAUAAAGAAGCUGAGACAGCCCAGGGCUUUGACAUGAUUGGAGACCCAGAUAAGUUUAGACUGUGGCAGCCCGACAGAUUUUCAGCACAGAAACGUUUGAACCGAGCCUCUGUCAUUUUGCUCGAGUUUGGAUUACGUAUGAAACUCAUGUCGACUUUGCGCCAUAGCUCUGGUGCAUUCCCAACCUUUGCAAACAUUCGGCACAUCUUCUGA